CAAAAGUUUAAAUUAUUUAUUUUUUAGGAGAUGAUUGAGUAGUUUUGUAUUUACCAUAAACAAAAGCCAAUAACAAAUUUUUGCAGAACUCCUACCUGCUCUAUGCCUUUAUGCUCAGAAUGCAUAAAUGAUCAUUACUAGUUUCAUUUUAAUAGCAAAGAUUAACCUUAGAUUGAAACAAUAUCUUAAACAUAUCAGGACGUACUUAAAACAGUUAGAUAAUUAUAUAGUACUUUUGGUUAAAAUUAUUAAAAAUUAAAAGAAUUCUAUGAAUACCGUGCGAAUUCAAAAACUCUUUCUUAAUAGCUAGGUGAAUUCAAGUAAAAGAUUUAAACUGUCAUAAAUGAUUUUUUUAAUUGCCUACAAGAGGAAGUAGAAAUUAUACAAAAAAAUGAAACAAAUCAUUUGGAAUAGCAAUUAAUGAUUGUAGAAUAGUUUUUAAAAGAAAAGAAUAAUGAACUCGAUAAUAUAGCUAGAAAAAUAGAUGGGCAUAAAGGCAUUAAAUACAUGAUUCAAAUACUUACUUCAAACUUUGUUUAAACUUCUUAUAAAGAUAGUGAAAAAUGCAAUUAGUUUAUUUAUUCUUUACAAAACUAAGAAACUAAACUACUUUCUAAUGAUAAUAAAAUAUAUGAUUUGAAUAUUUAACUGGCUUAAUUAGCUUAAAUUCAAAACAAGCAUUUCUACUUAAAUUAUAAUAACCAAGCAUUCUUAUCAGACGAAAAAAAAGAUAUUCACCCAUUAGGCAGGUUUUAAGAUAUGAAAGGUCCCUACCAAUACUCUCAAAAUUUAAGUGCUCCCUCUGAUUAAAGCUUUAUAGCAAGAAUAUAGUAAAGGAAAGAUAUCCCCUUUUCAAUUAAAACAGGUACACCUUUGUCUCAAAGUUCUUUAUCCUACCACUCCUUCCCCGAAAAUUAAUAGCUAAACGAUACCUAAAAUAAAACAUAAAAUAAUUCUCAAUAUCUUUAAUAAUUAAACUUAUCUAUGAACGAACAGCUUAAAAACUCAAUUCAAACCAAAAAUUAAACCCAACCUUAGUAAGUAGAAUUAGAUAAAGAUUUAUCUGAAAAAUUAUAUUAGAAUGAAUUACAGAAUCUUUACAAGCAAUAUAAAAAUUAAGAAAUUGAAAAAUAUGAAUAAUUUUAACAAUAAAUUAAAGGUAAUAAUUACCCCUAAGAGGCAAUAAAAUAAGUAAAUAAUCAACCUCCUCAAUAUGCUUAAUUAUAUCAAAACAAUAUUAUUUAAGAUAUCAACCCAUAAUAAAAUAAGGGUUAUUUGCUUUUUCCAAGUAAUCAAUAAACAGAUGAAAUAGGAAAGUAAAGUGGUGCUCAAUAUACAUUUUAAAAUAAUAGUACUAAAUUUCAUCACUACUGA